AUUUUUUCACUAUAAAACUCACACUUCUAUUCCUUUUUUUACCACAUUCAACCACAAUACACUCCACAUCUUUUAUAAUCAUCUCUAUUCUCAUUCUACAAAACGAAAAAAUCAUCCUCAUAAUCGUGGUGAUGACCCGAACAACCUGUGGGCAUUCCAAGAAAAUCUUAGCCCACCACCCAAUCCUCCAAUGCCUCGUCCAUUUUUAAUACACUCUUCUAUGCCCGAUAUGGCGGGUUAUGCAUCGUAUCUCGGGAAUCGUUUGUUUACUAACUUCACACACCGAUGAUUCUAUACCUAGCCCGAUUCCACAAACGCCCAUCAACCUUUCACAAACCUCCAUCAACCUUUCCCAAACCGAAACCGUCCCCGAAACUCAACCACCCAACGAUGGUCCUUCCACAUCCAAACCCAUCAAAAAGAGAAGUCACAAGAAAAAAACCGAGGCGGAGAAAGCACUUGAAACCGCCAAACGAAAACAACAAAGAUGGGUCGUUAAUGAAGAACUUGCAUUGGCGAGGGCUUGGCUUCAACAAUCUCUAUAUCCAACUUUAGGAAAUUCUCAACAUAGAAGCCAUUUGUGGGAAACAAUUAGUAAAGCAUUCCAUGAAGAAAUGGAAAGGGAGGUUUAUCGUGAAAACGAUAGCUUAUCCUUGAAGUGGACCGAGAUAAGCGGUCAACUUACCAAAUUUAGUGUUUUUUUAAAUAAAGUAAAGCAAAACCCAAAAAGUGGUGAAACCGAAGCCGGCUUUGUGACAAAUGCAUUGGUUACAUUCAAAACAAAUGUGGGAAGCGACUUCCGUUUCAUGCAUUGUUGGGAGAUUUGUAAGUUCCAUCCAAAGUGGGCGAAUAUCCCUAGUAGUAGCGAAACUAACACGUCUUCCAAAAGGUCAAGGACACCCUCGUCCCAAGCCCAGUCGGAUGCACGAGAUCAAGAGUUGGAGGACUUGUUGGAUGAUUCGCCAAACCGUCCUGAAUACGGAAGAGAUGCCACAAAAAAGGCGCGCUCAAAAAUCAAGAUCAGGUACGGCAUCGCCUUCAGUUGGGAGUUCGGGCUCGCGUAGGGGAGUAUACAGCGAUCAGUUGAAUGACAUUGCAUGCAAGUUAGAUACAUUCAACGUAUUCCAACAACAAAGGGCCGAAAUUCGGAAGAGCAAAGAAGCUAGGGAUGCCCUGAAACAAAGACGAGAUGAUAUGAAAUUUCUAGCUCAGCCCAUUGAUCACCUAGAGGGUGAAGAGUUGGAACUAAUGUUGGAGACGAGAGAAGAGAUAAAGAAAAAAUA